CGUCACAGCUGGUGCUGUGAAGCAGAGCAGAAGCUGUCCGGUACCGGGAGCGAGCCAGGGAGACCUCCGGGGGCUUCUAACUUUCUGAAUCCGGGAUAUUGUUAACAUGGUGGUCGUAGCGGCAGCGGGGGCCGGCGGGGCCCACAAAGUGCUCCUCAUAUCCGGGAAGCAGAGCGGCUCCGGCGGCUCGCAGGCGGCCUUCAGCCGGCCCAUCUCCGUCGUCUUACCGUCCUCCGCCAGCCAGGUGUCGUCCGACUCGGACUCCAACACAACCGCGGGACCCCCGGUCCGGAAAAGACAGAGGCUGACGCAUUUGAGUCCGGAGGAAAAAGCGCUCCGCAGGAAACUGAAGAACAGAGUGGCAGCACAGACAGCCAGAGACAGGAAAAAAGCCAAAAUGGGCGAGCUGGAACAACAAGUCCUAGAAUUGGAACUGGAGAAUCAGAAACUUCACAUCGAGAACAGGCUGCUUCGGGAAAAAACGACCGGCCUCCUGACAGAAAAUGAGGAACUGAGACAGAGACUUGGCUUGGAUGCCAUUGACACAAAAGAGGAGGUUCAGACUAUUUUGUCCAACGGGAACGACGCAGGUUUGGGGAUCGGGUCUUCUGAGUCCGCAGCACUCAGGCUACGUGUGCCUCCGCAGCAGGUGCAGGCCCAGCAGUCCCUAAAUCUGAAGACUUCUCAAUGGAUACAGAUGGUUCUGACACUGCAGACAAUGAGUCUGAUUUGCUACUGGGCAUUCUGGACAUCCUUGACCCAGAGCUGUUCCUCAAGUCUUGUGAGCAGGAGUGCCAGGAGCCGCAGGUGCUGCUGGUCGGAGGGGGGGACCCAGUACCUGCCCCCGCACCUGCAGCUCUGGGGUCCCCAUCAGCCAAGCUGGAGGCCCUUAAUGAACUGAUCCACUUCGACCACAUCUACACCAAGCCCGUGGAGGAGGUGAGCGGCGGGCAGUGCAGCGACUCGGAGAGCGGUACGGACGAGAAGAUGGAGGAGGCGGCCUUCCCGGCCUCUGAGGAGGUGGUGGUGGAGGA